CUUCCACGCAACUCAACGCAACCCAACGAGUAAAAUGGCCGCCAUCGCCGCCUCCAACUUCGCCGUCGCUGCCCGCCCCACCGUGGCCCGCAAGCUUUCCUCCAAGAAGGCCGCGCUUUCCGUCAAGCGUGUCCAGGCGGUGAAGGCUGUGUCUGUGAAGGCUGUCGCCAGCUCCAAGGUCGAGAAGCUCUCCGCCGCCGUGACCGUUGGCACCGCCGCCGCGCUCGCCAACCCCCUCGUCGCCGAGGCUGCCGUCACCCCCUCCCUCAAGAACACCCUCCUCUCCGUCGUGGCGGGUGGCCUCGUCCUCGGCGCCAUCGCCGCCGCGGUCAUCGGUGUGUCCACCUUCGACAAGGUGAACCGCAAGUAAGUUCAUGACCGGGCGAACCGUGCCGUCGCCCUGGGGGGGACGGGACGGCUGGGAAACUUAUGAGACUUAGGCUUUAUCGAGGAGAAACAACCGCAUAUUACCGGGUCGAGGUCGCGUCGCAGUAGCUCUGUAAUGAAACAUUCGGCCUGAACG